UUCUGUUCAGUUGCGAUCGGACUGCGUGCCGUUACAGUUAGAAAAUCGGAGGAAAAUCGACAUCGAUCGAUCGAAUAUAUUAUCAAUAACUAUGUUUAACAAUUAUUGCAGGCAGUACGGUAUACUGUAAAAACACAUUUGGAACCAAGAACGAGGCGAAGAGUGAGACAGAGUCAAGUGUGCAACAGUUUCUCCUUCUGUUUAAGUGCCCAAGUGCCAUAUAAAUACGUACUAAAACAUUUGAAGAAUUUUAAGUGGAAACAUUCUCGAAUUCUGUGAACUUUCUCAAUUGUGUUUUUGGUGAAACAUUUACAAUUUAAACGAAGGCGAGAGAAUUUCCUACGCAGAGGCAGAGACACUUUGGAUAUUUGGCAAGAAGCUUUUUGUUUUGGAGCAACGCACAUUGUGAGGUGUUGCAGUCACAUCAAACACGAUCCAGAGAAUCCACCCUUCAUCCAAGCUGCCGAAUGAUCUAUGGAAUCUGCGAUCAUCCACGCCCACGAGUGGAGCUCUUUUGGUGACAAGAUGGCUGCCAUAAAUCCAUCAACUCACUGAGUAUAUCACACACAACCGCCCCCUCCCCGCAAUAAUUAUAAAAGCCGGGCGGCAUUGUUUUUGGUGGAAAGUAUUUCCGUUACACCAACAAGAUAUAGUGAUCAUCAAGAGGAUCAUCAUCAUCAUCGGCAUCCGAUUGCAAUCGUAAGAGGAGUGUAGGAGUGGAUCACUUCAAAGGCACACAUGUUGCACUGAAGAGGCAACUGUAGUUGUUUCCAUUAUAAAUUAGAAACUAGAAGAUCACCGAUCUUCUUCCGGCGCAAGCGAAAAAGGGAGAGCAGUCCAUGUAGAGCGGAGUACUCUAAAGUGGAUUUCCGGUGAAUAAAAAACCAACAGCACAUGCGACAAACUCCGGCAAGGGAGUUGCAGUUGCAGUUGGAGUUGCUGCUGCAGUUGCUGUUGCACUUUUGAGGGUGCUGCCUGCCCUUUUUUCCUCUGGCAAGAGUUACAAAAAUAAAUAUCCUAAAAAUGGCUGCUGCCUGGAGUUGGCGAGUCAGUCCGUUGACGAUCACAAUGAAGUGCGGAUCGCUGGGAGUGUUGCUGCUGGUGCCUCUAAUUUUGCAGCCAUCGUUGCAAGUUGAAGGACGUCGCCAUGUGGCCAGCAGUCAGGAGCUGUCCAAAGAUAGUUUGGCAGCCAGGCAAAACAAAACUGUAACGAAUAAUAUUACCAAUCAAACCACCAAUCAAACUGUAGCGGAUCUGGACGAUGGCGGUGCGGAUGAUGAUGAUGUUAAGGCUGAGCUUCCGGAAAGUGGCACUUCAAUGCCCUAUUGGCGGAAUCCCAAGAAGAUGAGUAAGCUGCACUUGCGACCCUCCGGCUCUCUGGUCACCUUCAAUUGCCAUGCCCUGGGCAGUCCGGAACCCAAUAUCACAUGGUAUCGCAAUGGAACCGUGGAACCAUUCACCCGCGCCUAUGGAACCAUCAAGCGGAAUCGCUGGACUUUAACUAUGGAGGAUCUGGUGCCGGGUGAUGGUGGCAACUACACCUGCAAGGUGUGCAACUUGUUAAAUUGCAUUCGUUACACCUCCCAGCUGAUCGUCAGCGAUCGGGUGAAUCAUAAACCCAUCCUGAUGACCGGACCCAUGAAUCUCACACUCGAAAUUACCGAGAGUGGCAGCAUGGACUGCAAGUAUCUGUCGGAUUUGACCAGCAAAAAGGCCUGGAUUUUUGUGCCCUGCAAGGGAAACACCAACUGUUCCAACAAUCGAUCCAUCGUUGCCGAGGAUCUGGAUAGGCUGGACUUUGUGAAUGUGACAAUGGAGGAUGAGGGCUGGUACACCUGCGUGGAGAGCAACAGUCUGGGCCAAUCCAAUAGUACCGCCUAUUUGCAAGUGGUGCGCAGUCGUACGGAUAUGCAGCCCGGUGUGGCCAGUGCCACUCUGAAUUCGGCCAGCUUUAUGUACAUCUUUGUCUUUGGUGUAUGCAUUCUCAUCCUUAUGACCGCCUUGUUUGUCUGCUAUGCUAUGCGAAAAAUGAAGCAUGAAAAGGUGCUGAAACAGCGCAUAGAGACUGUACAUCAGUGGACCAAAAAGGUGAUCAUCUAUAAGCCUGAGGGUGGCGGAGACUCCAGUGGUUCCAUGGACACCAUGAUCAUGCCAGUGGUGAGAAUCCAGAAGCAGCGCACUACUGUCCUUCAAAGUGGCAACGAGCCGGCUCCCUUUAAUGAGUACGAAUUCCCACUGGACACGAAUUGGGAACUGCCCAGGAAUCAUCUCGUUUUGGGCGCCACCUUGGGAGAGGGAGCCUUUGGGCGAGUGGUCAUGGCGGAGGUCAACAAUGCCAUUGUGGCGGUGAAAAUGGUCAAGGAGGGCCACACGGAUGACGACAUUGCCAGCUUGGUGCGGGAAAUGGAAGUGAUGAAGAUCAUUGGACGUCACAUUAAUAUUAUCAACCUAUUGGGUUGCUGCAGUCAAAGUGGACCACUAUAUGUGAUUGUUGAAUACGCACCUCACGGCAAUCUGAAGGAUUUCUUGUACAAAAAUCGACCCUUCGGCAGGGAUAUGGAUAGGGAUAGUUCACAGCCACCUCCAUCGCCGCCGGCUCAUAUGAUCACCGAAAAGGAUCUGAUCAAGUUUGCCCAUCAAAUUGCCAGGGGAAUGGAUUACCUGGCCUCGCGACGAUGCAUCCAUCGAGAUUUGGCAGCCCGAAAUGUCCUUGUCAGCGAUGAUUAUGUAUUGAAGAUAGCUGAUUUUGGUUUGGCAAGGGAUAUCCAGAGCACGGAAUACUACAGGAAGAACACGAAUGGCAGGCUGCCGAUCAAAUGGAUGGCCCCAGAAUCGCUGCAGGAGAAAUUCUACGAUUCGAAGAGCGAUGUCUGGUCAUAUGGCAUUCUGCUGUGGGAGAUCAUGACAUAUGGACAGCAGCCGUACCCCACUAUCAUGUCCGCGGAGGAGCUCUACACCUAUCUGAUGUCGGGGCAGCGGAUGGAGAAGCCAGCCAAGUGCUCCAUGAACAUCUACAUACUCAUGCGACAGUGCUGGCAUUUCAAUGCCGACGAUCGGCCACCCUUCACGGAAAUCGUAGAGUAUAUGGACAAGCUGCUGCAGACGAAGGAGGAUUAUCUGGAUGUGGAUAUUGCCAAUCUGGACACGCCGCCCUCGACAAGUGAUGAGGAAGAAGAGGAAACGGACAACCUGCAAAAGUGGUGUAAUUACUGAACGAAACUUACCAAGGAUCCCGGAAAAAGAUCAGAUCGUCAAAAAGAGAUUAUUUAGAAAGGGUUCAAAUGUCUAUUUAACCAUUUAAGCGGAUUCCUAAAAUAUCUUUUAAAGAUCUAAGGUUACAAAGAAAAGUAUCAUAAAAUCCCAGGACAUGUCUAGGUAACUCCUUCGAAAAUAACUAUCUAAGCUCGAAUUUAUGUAUAUAGCUCUGAUAUAAGUCUGUAUAUCUUUUGAACAUUUUACCAAAAUUGCACCAAAAGCGUAGAACCAAAAAAUAGAAGCAGCUCGAAUUUAUCCCCACUUCAGCUGUUAUUUUAAGUAUAUUAUAGAACAUAUCUUAGAAACUAGUAUGAUUACUAAUAAGCUAUGAUUAAGAUUCGGUUGUAUUUCUGUUGUAUUUCUGAUUGUACUGAUCUUUGUAGUAUUCGCAGUUUUAUACUCGCUAAAUUAUACUCGUAGCCCAUAAGCACAACAAUGUUCUAUCUUAGAGUUAGUUGCAUGCCUGCAGUGCCUUGCCUUAUGAAACAAUAAAUGUUGUACACGAA